UAUUUGUUGCACACCCCACGACUUAGCUAGUUUUCUCGCGUUGUAAAGUGGAAAAUGGACCUGGACAUGAUCCAAGACCUCCUCGGAGGAUCAAAUCUCCCCCCUCCACCGUCCGUGCAGGACCUGCUGGGUGACGUGAUGGCUCACGUCCCAUCAUCGCCUUCCCCUCCUCCUCAGUCGCCCUCUUAUCUCCACCUCUCCGCCGAGCACAGCUACAGCAAGGUACAGCAGAAUUCAUAACUAGACGAUUAGAUUCAUCCCCCUCUGUUUUUUUUCUGCCCGUACCGCGGCAAGUUGAAUUUGAAAAGUUAGCUAGGCGUUGUUAUUUUUGCGGCCAGCUAGCCAUUUUCUGUCUCUUUCCGCCAGGGCGCGAUGAACGAAGGAGCCGCAGCCGAGCAAGCGGAGCCCAUGGAGCUAGGAGCGGCUCAUACCCCUGGCUCUCAGACCCUGGCCCAGCUGAGCUCCACUUCUGACUGCUACGAAGCCUUCCUGCUGAACCUCCUGCGCGUCUACACUCAGAACAAGAUUGACUCUCGGGCCAACCCCGACUCAGCAAGUCAGACCUCAGCCACUGUCUCCAGCCCCACUGGGGCAAACGGCUCUGGGGCCACUGUGAUAGACAGCAUAUACCCAGAGGCCAUCAACGCUCUGAGCCACGAACAGGUCCAGUCUCUGGUGACGAGCAACUCGACAAACUACGAUGUCAUUCACCAGAUCCUGGCCUACAGACAGAAGUCAGAGGGAGGAGGUGGUGAGGAGAAGAAUGGGGGUGAGUCGGGGGUGGGAGGCUCCACACUCCAGCAGCUACAGGCCCUCCAACUGACCCCGGACCAGUUGAAACAGAUUCAACUCCAGAUGGAAGAACUGAUCCGCACCAAACAGAUUGUUCUACCAGCCGACUUGUCGGUGGAGCAGCAACAGCAGUUGCUCCAGUCACUCAUACUGAAACACGUCCAUAGUCAGCACCAGCAGUUUCUGGGGUCACCAGCCACAACACAGCAAACUGCUCCCACUGCAACGCAACCUUCCCAGCAACCUUCUUCCACUUAUCCUCCUAACACUUCCUCCACUAACACUAUCCCCUAAGACUGGUGUUAGCUCCCCCUCCAAGGUCACGGUGGGUAAUACGCUGGCUGCCAUAUUGCGGGGAGAGUCACAGGAACAGGCCGGCAUCCCUGGUAGUGGAGGAGGCGGAGGGACGGCAGCAAAGAUGGAAGUACCACCGGUGUCUAGUGUUGAAGGUGGCAGUGGUGCUAAGACUAUGGGUCUUCAGCUGAAAUCAAAUCCUGUGAGGGAGGGCGGCCCCCCCACCACCACCCCUACUGCUGCCCCAGCCACCACUGUCCCAGCUGGCGUCACCACUCGCAGCGGAGGACGGAAAAGGAAAGACUCCAAACACCAAGAUGAACCGAAAAAGCCGUCCUCACCUUACGGUGUGUUCUUUUCAGACGUGUAUCCAUCAGUCUUACAAGCCAACCCCCGGAUGUCUUUCUCCGAAGCCUCCAAGCUGAUCUCAGCCAUGUGGAAUGCAAUGGGCAUCGAUACCAAGAAGCAAUAUCACGAGAGGUCAGAGAAGCAGAAAGAGGUGUAUCAAACCUACCAGGCCUCCCGUAAGACAGAGACCACGCCCACCGACGAGCCGGCAGCCGCAACCUCACCGCAGGUUACCACGGAGACCAAGACUCUGGUGGAGGUGACUCCGCCAACACAGCAGACCGCCUCGUAUGUUGGCCUGACGACAGGGGCAGAGCAGGUUGUGGGGGGAACAGCUGUCAGUCAGAGGCAGAGUGUUGCUCCUCCUUUAGCGACCUCUCCUCCUCCUCCUCCCCUGGCCCCUCCUGCUACUAAAGUUGUGAUGAAGGAAUUGAGACACUGUGUCAACGACGGAUGUUUCAAGGACGCAGUCUACACAGAUUACAGAGGACCUCGCUACUGCUCCAAUGAUUGUGUCAUCCAGCAUUGCAAGUGAGGACCCACUCUCUCUCUCAAAGUUUUUUAUUUUAUGAUUUGUCUCUUUUUUCCUCAAACCCUGCAUUAGCCGCUGUAAGUCUAUAUAGGUACGUGUUGUAAAACAGUUGAAUUUCUCUUUACAGGAGUGUAUUCCAGGAGUGGGUGGCACAGAGGAAGGUAGCAACAUGAACACUUCUAUCAUCAACCCCGCACUUCAUAUUACAUUAACAUCACUCAGAUGGCAGUAUACUAACACAGUGAUUGUGCAAAAGAUCAGAACACUAAAAAUUUUCCAUCAAAAAUCACUCAAAAUCGUGCAAGGACAGGAGUUUCGUGAUCACAAUCCUAACUGACAGUGGUUGUCUAGGCUGUAGU